UGCUAGUAUAAAGUAUUAUAGUGAGUGUGGUGGAUGCCGAAAACCUAAUCAGAAAAAAAAUCGUAGUUGGAGGCGCCGCACUCCACUCCACUCCAAUCAAUCAGAUACUAGCGAUGGGGAGGAAGCGAAAGGUAGCACCGAAAUCUUCUGUAUCCGCCGAGCCCCCGCUGAAGCAACACCAACCAAAACCCGAAAAUGCCGCUCAGGAAUACGAAGAAGAGGUCGAAGAGGAAGUUGAGGAAGAAGAGGUAGAGGAAGAGGUCGAAGAGGAAGAAGAAGAAGAGGAGGACGAAGAGGACGAGGAAGAAGAAGAAGAAGACCAAAAAGACCAAUACCAGCACCAACAACAACAGCAAGACGAAGACGACGACCCGAUCUCCAAGCUUCUGGAACCGUUGAGCAAGGACCAGCUCCUCAUCCUUCUCUGCGAGGCGGCGGCCAAGCACCAAGACGUGGCUGAGAGGAUCCGAAGGGCGGCCGACGAGGAUCCGGUGCACCGGAAGAUAUUUGUCCACGGAUUGGGCUGGGACACAACCGCCGGAACCCUAAUCAGCUCGUUCCGCCAGUACGGCGAGAUCGAGGACUGCAAGGCCGUCACCGACAAGGUCUCCGGCAAGUCCAAGGGCUACGGCUUCAUUCUCUUCAAGACCCGCCGCGGCGCGCGCAACGCCCUCAAGGAGCCGCAAAAGAAGAUCGGCAACCGCAUGACGGCGUGCCAGCUGGCAUCCAUCGGUCCGGUUAGCAACCCGCCGCAGACGGCACCGCCGGCGGUGGCGGCUCCGUCGUCGUCGGUUUCGGAGUACACACAGAAGAAGAUCUACGUGAGCAACGUCGGUGCGGAUCUGGAUCCGCAGAAGCUUCUCGCGUUUUUCUCGCGGUUCGGGGAGAUUGAGGAAGGGCCGUUGGGGCUUGACAAGGCUACCGGAAAACCUAAGGGGUUUUGUUUGUUUGUUUACAGGAGUCCAGAGAGUGCAAGGAGAGCAUUGGAGGAGCCUCAUAAGGAUUUUGAAGGGCACAUUUUGCAUUGCCAGAAGGCGAUUGAUGGGCCCAAGGCCGGGAAGUUGCAGCAGCACGGGAAUGUGAAUGCCCAGGCGCAGCGGGCCCAGUUUCAGAGGAAUGGUAGUGUUGGUACUAAUGCUGCUGCUGGGUAUGGUGGUGGUGCGGCGUUGCAGCCCGGGCACUUGAUGGCCCCGGCUGGGCCGGGGAUUGGGUUUAAUCAGUCUGCUGCUGCUGCGCAGGCCGCACUGAAUCCGGCAAUGGCGCAGGCGUUGACCGCGCUGCUGGCAUCGCAGGGGACGUUGGGGCUGACGAAUUUGUUGGGGAGUAUUGGAACGAGUGCUGCAGUUAACCCUGGUGUGCCUUCUGCAGGGGCUGCGGUGCAGGGUGGUUACAGUGCUCAACCGAAUAUAAGUCCCGGUGUUGUUGGAGGAUAUGGGAAUCAGGUGGGGUUGCAGGUGGCGUAUCCGAAUCAGAAUCAGAAUCAGCAGAUAGGGCAGGGUGGGUCCGGAAGAGGGCAAUAUGGUGGUGGAUCUGCGCCCUACAUGGGGCACUAGAUUCCACAUAAGUGCAUCAGUAUUUUAUUACUGGCCCGGUGAUUCUUCUGAGUUCUGAAGUUUAAGGAGCUGAUGCAAUUGGCGUGUUUAUAAUGAAAUGUUACUUACUACAAUGAUCAGAAUAUUUUAAUUACCAAAUGGAGUUCUGUUUUCGCGACCUACUUUUUCUUAUUUUCUUCCAUUUCAAAAUAUUGUAGUAUUUUGAUUUUUAGUUUAUCUUCAAAAAAAUUCCUGUGGAACUGUUUUUGUACUGCAAAUUGAAGUUUUAUCAGCAUUUAUGAGGAGUUUGGGAUGCUGUACAAAUUAUAUUUUUAAAUAUUUAUGUUUGUGUGGACAAAUGUGCUGCAACUUGGUAUUCUUGUAUUCUCGAUAGUUUUUAUAUAGUAGUUUGAUACAGUUUCCCUAUGUUUUUUAUUGCUUUAUUUAUUUCUUACUUUUUCAUUCUUCUUUGACAUGUAAUCAUUGAAAUGAAAUUGCAUAAUAUGCCAAGUGCUUUUGGUUAUCAAUACCAUCUUCCCCUUGAAAAGAUAAAAUGGAAUGAAGCUAACUUAUCAUUUUUCUUUUGUUAAAAUAGUUUGUGUACUUAAUCUUUGCAGUUAUUUUGCAGGUUUGACGUCCAUACUUAUAUAUAGUCACACACCAAUAAUAUAACCAGUUUAAAUUAAAAAGGAAAUAAAACAAAUGCUUUUCAUUUAAGUUUGAUUUUGAUCUGCUUGUAAAGUUCGCACAUUUUGAGAAAUCUUUUUAUGUAGUAGAGUUCCUUAACUAGGUAUGUGAUGUAGAUUUUUACCUCCUUCCAACAGAAAACCACAAAGAGUGCACUUGUUUUUUUGGGGCUCAAUCUUCUCUUUUAACAUAAAAUUUUGAAUCUUUUGUCAUAAUGCUUAUUUAAAAUUGUCUUUUUGAAGUAUGUCAAAGUUGUGCAAUUUCUUUUUUCUUUCUUUUGUUUCUCUAGUUUUUCUUUUCUCAAAGGACUGAUUUGAAACAAUCUUUAUCCUUAUGUGGCAUUUGAUACACAGAAUCGAUUCAUGUUUGGGGAUGAUGAUAUUCCCAGGAAUAUAAAAUGUAUUCAGUUAUGUUCAGAAAAAUAUACCUACAGUGAAAUUUUAUUGUCAAUUUUCUUAUCUUCAAGGUGGAAGAUUUUUAUUUCUACCUAUUCAAAUUAUUCCCAAAAAUUUCUUAUGUUCAGAAAAUAAUUUUUCUUCUUCUACCAAAUAUUAGAAGUUUUGCAUGUACUGAAUUCCACCUUGAAUGGUUGUAUCAUGCUUUUGAUCAUCAUCACUCAAACUUUUUCAUUUUUGUUAUUGCCGAAGCAGAGUAUUGUUUCUGGCAAGAUAGGCUUCAUGUUGGUUGGUCUGAAUUCUUUCAAACUUUCUUUCAAACUUGCAAAAUGUUGCAUGUUUAUAUUAUAGAAGAAACCAAAUUUUGUCAUUGAAAUUGUGUUUUAUGGAUGUUUAAUUUUCAACAUAAAAUCCUGCUUCUGAAGUUAGAGAUGAAGUUGACUCAGUGAUAGUGAUAAUGGGUUUGUCUGUAGCUCUGCUUAUCGUCUAAUGAAUAGGUGGCUUUGAUGGACUGGAAGGUAUGCUGCAGUGCAUUAUGUCUAAUUGCUUAUUCUUUGUUUUAGUUGAAUGGCAAGUGUGUUGUCUCUCUCUGGCUUUUUACUAGAGAAAUUUGCAGCCUUAAACCUUGUGUAUUUAACUUGGGAUUUAAAGAGGGCUGUUGCUCGGUUUCUCAAUCUUUUGCUUCUUUGGUAGAUAGUCAUCAGUUCUUGCGUCUUCCCUCCCUCUGAAAAACUAAUAAAUUAUGCAUGCUUGCCUUUUCUGAAACAAAGGCAUAGAAAACAUAAUUUCAAUCUGAAUAUAUCGAUACUUCGAUUGCUUGAAACAACUGUUUUACUUUUCAUGUUGCAUUCAAUGUGUUGAAUAGAACUAGGUUUGUUAUACAUGGCCUGUGGUUUUUCUGAGAUGUUUCUAUGAUUUUAUUCAUUGUGAAUCCGUGAUAUUUAUUAGUAACAUGAAAUAUUGCAUUGCUGCUUUUUGAUCGUUCUGGGCUUUUGCCAGUUCAAGUUAGAUGAUGCUCCUUGUUUUAGUCUUUCAUGAAUAAUCUUCGAAUCUAUUUAUGAUGACCUAUAAAAUCUGGUAAGAGGGAAAGUGUCCCCGCCCUACCUUAUUAUAUUUUAUUAUAUGUUAUAAGAUUAUGAUGUCCUCCGCCGAAGGAAAUAAAAUUAUUAAAAUAAUGGCAGAAUAGUUUUUUUGUUAUUUAUAAUCUAUUUCAUCAUUUUGCAAGUAUUAUUUUAUCUAUAUUUAUUAUAUUUUAAAAAAUAUAAUUAUUAUAAUAAGGGGAUAUAUGCACGAGUCUUGCAUGGGUACAAUAUUGUAGGUUUUUUUAAUUAUUAUUUUAUAUUCUAAAUUGGUAAUUUUUUACAUUCUAAAUAUUUAAAGCAUAAAAUUGGUAUUUAAAUUUAUAGUCAUUUGCUUCCUGAGCUAUUUAGAGUUAUAAAUAAAAUUUUAAUGACUUUUAUAUUCUAUAUAUUCAAAUUAUUUUAUAGAAUCACUGAAUCAAAACUAUGUAAAAGCAUUUAAUGGCGGUACUAGUCAUACGCCACCUGAGUGGGCAUAACAGAAAUGGAAAACAAAUUUCUGUAUUGGUUAUCAAAAUUAAUUUUGUAGUAAUAAAGUAUUUUAUCUGUUAUGUAAAAAUAAAUUUAAUUUAUAAUAUUUAAUGCCCGUCCAUGUGGGUAAUAGUGAAUGAGUAGAUUAAACUUGCAGACGUUUCCUUGGAAAUAGAAUUCAGAAUCCAUAAAGAAACGAUAUUGUUGUUGGCUUGAGGAAUGGUGAUCGUGAGGCUGAUCUUCAAGAAUGGAAUCACCGAAUAAUCUAAGUUUGUUUUGGUGUACGCCGUUGUCCCUGUUGAGGGGUUCAAAUGUAAUAGCCAUCUUUUGUAUUUUUACACAUGCAUAGAUUGACCUCUAUAGCCAUAUAUCUGUUUCUUUGUUGUAGUCAUAUUUGUUCGGGACAUCACA